UAUGCUAAAGUCAUGUGCUAUUAGACUAGGACAGUUUGGGUUCAGAAAAAUGAUCUCUGGAAUGAUUUAGAUGAACACAAGUUGAUGCAAAAUGUUGGCUCAGACCAUACCACAUAUGUGUAUACAAAAAGAAAGGCAAUGGAGACAAUAUCUAAAUCAUUAGAGACGAGAGCAAAUCUCCAUGGGUUACAGGAAUUCAAGUGUCUAGAUGCUCUGGCAUAGUAUUACAAACCUAUGACCUGCCGUAUCCGUGAAUUGGUAUUCAAUCGUGCUCAUAUAAUUUUGCCUGUUUGUGCAGCGCUUAUAGGAUGUGCAGUAUUAUUUUGGAAAGCCCGUAAGAGAAGGUAUCUUUUAGCUAGAGCAGAGGAGCUAUACAAUCAGGUCUGUGGCAUGCUUGAGGAGAAUGCCUUGAGGUCAAAGAGCAUGGAUGGGGAAGGUGAAUCAUGGGUUGUUGCUUCAUGGUUGCGAGAUCAUCUCCUUUUGCCUAGGGAAAGAAAUGGUCCUCAGUUAUGGAAAAAGGUAUGUUUUACAUGCCUAUGCUCAUUGAUCGAGUAUGAUGUUGCCUUUUCUUUCAUAGUUGGUUAGAAGUUAGGCGUA